AUGAAUUAAAGUCCUACAAAAUUUGAUACACCAACAAAAAUUCAAUCGAAAUUGGAUCUUAAGAUGAGAAAGAGCGGAGUGCCAGUUGCAUUAAAAAGAUCACCUUAAUUUUAUCUUUUAGAUUGUUUUAUGUUGGCAUAUUUUCAUAUUCCCUCAUUCGCAGAAGAAAUAUUAUAGUAUGAUGUAUUAAAAACUUUAAAAAAUAGGAUUAUAUUAUUAAUGAAGAAGGAGUAACGUUGCUUUUACAAAAGUUAUUUGUGUAGUUGAUAUUUUGUAAAAAAAAAGACACAUCAGCAAUUGAUGUAUAUCAAUUUAUGAAGGAUGAUUAUAACACAAGAUAUAAAAGUGUUGAAGAAUUUUUAGUGAGAUUUUUUGAGAAAGUAGAUGAAUCAAUAUCUAAAUAUAGAACAAUGCUUAAUGAAUUUGUAGAAGAGCAUCCAAUAAGGGAAUUGUUUAUAGGAAAAUUAAUGAAAGGAAAUGAUGAAACAACAUUUAAUUUAAUUAAGAUUGAUUUAGAUAAUGAAUCAAUAAUAGAAGGAUUAUAAAAGAAAUUUGAAUUAGAAGAUUGCUCAAUUAAAGACUUACCAAAAAUUUUAUAAUUUGAAAUAACAAAAAAAUAAAAUUUAGUUAUAAUGCCUACUAUAUUUUUGGAUUAAUUUGUGCAUUCAAAUAAAGGAAUGAUAAAAUAACAUUAAUCUGAUAUUAAAGAAUUAAUUAUGAAGAGAGAAGAGAUUAUUUAAAAGAUUAAAAAUGUUGAAAAUUAUUAAUAAACUUCAUAAAGUAUUCCUUAAAUCUUAUAAAUGACUAUAAAUAUUAUAUAAGAAUAAAGAGAAGAAUUAAUUGAUGGAGAUCCAGCAAUUGAAGGUUUUAUAUCUUUAAUAAUGGAUGCUAAUUAGGAAUUAGAAAUAUUAAAAGAAGACUUAAAUAAAAUAGAUGAAGAAAUUAAAUAAAUUAUGGGUAGUUUUAAUAAAAUAGAAUAUAAUUUACAUGCUGUAAUUAUUUAUGAUGGUGAUUACGAAUGUGUUUAUAUCAAGAAUAAUGAAUAAUGUUUUUUUUUUGAAGAUGGAUAUGCAGAAAUAAGAAAGGAAUUUGAAAUAGAAAUUUAAUAUUCUCCAGAAAAUCUUGUGUAUUUAAUAUAUAAGGAUAAAAAUUUAUAGAGUGAUUAUAGUUUUACUGGUGGUUAAGGAAAUCUAUUAGAUAUGGAUGAUAAGAAAUCAUAUGAAUCAUUAAUUAGAAAAGAUCUAUAAUAAUAUGCUGUUUAAUUUAAUCUAAAAGUUGAUUAAGAAUUAUUAUUCUUAAAAUAAUAAUAAUAAGCAGAAGAAGUAUUUUAGUAAUAUUUAACAAGAAUGAAUAUUGUAUUAAAUUUAAUUUAGAAAAAACAUUUGAUUUAAUUACCUCAUCUAAAUAAUUUUGCUACUUUCUUAAUUUAUACUCAAAAGAAAAUUGAUGAUUUUGUUAAAUGGUAAAUAUUGGAUUGUAGUAUAAGAGAUAUUACAGGAUAAUCAAUCUUAGAUAUCAAAAAUAUGAAUGCAUUUGCUUAAAAGUUAAGUGUUUUACUGUAAAAUUAACCAUAAAAAUCACCAACUUAAUUAACUGUAAAUAAAAAAGAUAUGCAAAUUAUGUAAAUAAAGUUGACUGAUUAUGUUUAAUUUGCACAAUGCACAAAAAUCUUGGAUUAUUCUGUAGAAUGUAUUCUUUAAGAAAAUUAAUUGGCAGCAUUAAAUUCAAUCAGAUUUAUUUAUGAUAAUGGCUAAAAAAAUAUUAUAUAUCAACUCAGUUAAGAAAUAUUAAAGGCAUACAUGGCUCAUUUGGCUAUUUUAACCUUUAAAUUUCAUUAAUAAUCAUAAUAUCAUUAAUUAUGGGAUCACUUAUAAUGGAUUAUGACAUAUUGGCCAUAUAUAAACUAACAAGAUUUAGUUCAUUAACAGAUUUUUGUUAUGAUAAAAGACUUAAAGAAAAAAGCAAACAAAAAAGCCUUGAAUUCUGACUAAUAAAAAAUUAUUAAAAAAUUUAUAUCUUCUGUAUAGGACAAAAAACUUAUAGAUGUGGGAAGCAAUUUCUUAUUAAGAUAAGAUCAUGUAAUUAUUUAUUAUUAUCUAUUUAGUUUUUAGAAUCAAUAGCAAUAAUUAAUUGGAAUUAGGAUCAUUAUUACUGGUUACCUGAUAAGUCAGAAGAUGUGUCCUAGUAGUUGAUGACAAAAAUUUAAUUGAUCUAAUAGUAUCUUUAAAUUGAAUUUCAAUUUGUUAAAAAUAUUAUAUAAUAACAAUGCACUUUUACUUAUGAUGAAAGGAUUAAAAUGACAUUACAUAGUUAAUUAUGA